CCUGAAUUGUCUCAUCUCGUAUAGUCUGCCGUGGAUUAUUAGCUCUUCCAGGCAUCCCCUAUCACUGCCCUUCCCUCUCAGAGCCAGUUCCUUGCGUAAUGGUAUUCCGAGCUAUACGACCUGACCCCUCCAGUAUAAUCGGCUGACGCGCUCCUCGGUGAUGGGUGCCAUGAACUACCAUAUCGAAAUCCAGUUCCAGGAUGGAAUUCGCUGGCUCGCACGUAUUCGAAGACUGAAUGCGAAUUUGCCGCCACCGGACCUACGGGCUUAUAUUAUGUCCAGUGAGGUUGCGACGCUGCAAUUCCUGGGCAAGAUAAACGUUCCUGCUCCCAAGGUCUUUGAUCAUAGCCUUGAUAAAAAUAACCAUAUAGGCGUUGGUUAUAUCCUGAUAUAGAAAAUGCCUAGUCAGUCGCUUCGCUGGUCUCUUCUCGAGAUCGAGCAGAGAAGGAAAGUCAUGAGCCAGCUAGCAGAUAUAUAUAUCGAGUUGCAGCAGUUAACAAUAGAUCUAAUCAUGCGGGAAGAGUGCUUCACUCCGCGAGCAGUCGAUGCCUACUUAAUCCAUCGCUUUCUCCUGGACUAUGUUUCCGAGAAAUACCUCGUCCAUAGCCACUCUGACGACGGCCGAUUUUACCUCAAACAUGCAGAUAGUAAAGGAGACCACAUUCUUAUUAAUGACGAGUAUAAUAUCACAGGAAUUAUGGAUUAGGAAUGGGCUCAUACGGAUGCAAAGUCCGCAGCUUUUAACACCCCGGUAAUGCUUCUUCCCGUUGCUCAGUUCUAUAACGGAGCAAACAAGGUGGGUGAGGAUAAGCUGGUUUUUGCCCAGUUACUUGAAGAUAAGGGACAUGAAGAUCUGGCUGAUGUUGUCAGGCAGGGGCGGAUACUUCAUCGGCUUGAAUUCUGCUGUGGUUAUGAUAUAGCUGAUUGGGAUGGGUUUCAAGGCCUUUUCCAGGGUCUACGGAAGGCGUCGCAUAUUGACGGGGACUUGGAAUGGGAAGCUUGGAGAGACAAGGCUUUAGAUACAUACGAGGGUGAUCAGCUUGUCGAGUAAGAUGAAUCUCGAGAUAAGGAGUUUGGAAUAUCC